AUGGACGAGCAAAUCAAAUACCUUCGUGCAUGCCUCGAAGAGGGUGCUGAUAGACCGCUUACCGAGAAGGCACAUCAGUACUUUACCGAAGCAGUCUCUACCCUAGGUGAAGGCGACGCCCAGCUAGAAUUCGGGCACAUCGCGGCAGAUGCUGCCCAAUAUUGCCGAGAAGACAUUGUCGAAGGCUUACUCUCGGCUGGAUGUGAGUUGACCUCCUCGAUGUUGGAGGGGGCGAUGAUCGGAAAAUCAAUCGCUGUUUUCGAAGUUCUUCUCCAUUACGGUCGCGAACAGGGAAGAUGGGACAUCAACAAGCCAUGGCGUAACCUCGACCAGCCAUGGCGUAAUGAUUCUGUGCCAAUGCUUGGCCAUAUUUCGCCAGAUCGGGAUCUUACCGUUUGGUUCUUCGACCAAGGAGCUGACCCCAACGUAAAGGACAAGGACGAUAUUACUCCGUUCUCGCUCGCUGUUCAGCACGCGUCUGAGGACAUCAUUAAGUUGUUCCUUGAGAAGGGUGGCCUCCUUCAUCAGGGAUGGUUACUCCAUCAUGCUGUAGCGAGAGAUUAUGGAGAGGACGAAGUCAUGAAGUUUCUUGUCGAAAAACUCGAAGAAGGCAAAUAUGACGUGGUUGGGUGGUUGAACGCGGUCAAGUACAGCGACAAUCCUGCGUUAUCCGACUUUUAUCGCUAUAUCGACCUCGGCACACCUCUUCACGAUGCUGCAACUCAGGGGAAGGGGGGUCUGGUGUGCUACCUAAUCGACAAGGGUGCCGACCGGUACAUUCAAGAUAGUCUAGGUCUAACGGCUGAAGCCUGCGUACAGGACUGUCUUCAAGCAGAGAAGUCUGAAGAAAAGCAGGGUAGACUUUCUGAUGUCCUGGAGCUUCUCCAGAAUUAUUUUCCGGAAGAGGGCGGUCCGAUAGCGGACCGUCAAAGGAAUGAUUCCCUCUAUCCCCUCGACGACAAGGCGUGA